UUCUCUUAAGCCCUAAUCUAAAAUCUCAGUCUCUCUGUUUCUACAUUCACAACAAUGGGUAGCCAAGCUGCUGUUUCCUUCCUCACCAACAUAGCCCGCGCCGCUUUCACUCUCGGCCUCGGCGGCGCACUUGUCAAUUCCUCCCUUUACACCGUCGACGGCGGUCAACGCGCCGUUCUCUUCGACCGUUUCAAUGGUGUCCUUGAAAAAACCGUUGGUGAAGGCACUCAUUUUUUGAUCCCAUGGCUUCAGAAGCCCUUCAUAUUCGAUAUUCGUACCAGGCCUCACGUUUUCUCCUCAGUCUCCGGUACAAAGGAUCUACAAAUGGUUAAUCUCACGCUACGUAUUCUUUCUAGACCAGAAAUAUCACGCCUUCCCUACAUUUUCAAAAACCUAGGUACUGAAUAUGACGAAAAAGUCCUUCCUUCUAUUGGUAAUGAGGUGCUCAAAGCUGUUGUGGCUCAAUUUAACGCUGAUCAGCUCCUUACGGAUCGUCCACAGGUCUCUGCACUUGUACGGGAGACUUUGAUUAAACGUGCCAAGGAUUUCAAUAUUGUGCUUGAUGAUGUGGCGAUCACACACUUAUCUUAUGGAGCUGAGUUUUCGAAAGCUGUGGAGCAGAAACAGGUAGCUCAGCAGGAGGCUGAGAGAUCGAAAUUUGUGGUGAUGAAAGCUGAGCAAGAGAGGAGGGCUGCGAUUAUUCGGGCUGAAGGAGAGAGCGAAUCUGCCAAGCUGAUUUCAGAUGCUACUGCGGCUGCUGGAAUGGGUUUGAUUGAGUUGAGGAGGAUUGAAGCUUCUAGAGAAGUUGCUGGGACUUUGGCUAAGACUCCUAAUGUUGCUUACUUGCCAAAGCAAGGGAAUAUGCUUCUUGGACUCAACCGUUGAGUAGGUAAUCAAUUGAGUAAAAUGCUAGUUUAUUU